UGUAGCCUAUUUACACUGUCUGUUCGGGAGUAUGGCGGACGCAGGUUCAACGGAAUUAGAAAAGAAAAUAGCAGAAAUAAGACAAAGAUUCAGCGCGGAAUAUGCACAAGAUUCAUGUGACAAGUAUGACAUCAGGGAUGUGGACAGACUACUGAAUGACGACGCUUUGGUGGACGGUUAUUUGGACUGGAGGCACUAUGUGUUGGAAGACACCUUGAAAAUGAUCGAUGAGAGCCUAAAGUGGAGAAAAGAAUUCAAACUGAAUGACAUAAAUGAAAGCUGUAUCCAGAAUACUCUCUUCGAGUCUGGUGUGCACUACCUCCAUGGCUAUGAUAAAGAAGGCAACAAACUGUUCUGGUUUAGGGUGAAGUUACAUGUGAAAGACCCACGGAUGUUGCAGGAGAGGAAGAGGUAUGUGGCCUUCUGGUUAGAGCGCUACGCCAAGAGAGAACCUGGAAUGUCCCUCACUGUGGUGUUCGACAUGUCUGAGUCGGGUCUAGGAAAUGUCGACAUGGAGUUUGUGAAGUACAUCAUUAAUUGCUUCCAGGUAUAUUACCCAAGAUUGCUUUCUAAAAUGCUCAUGUACGCCAUGCCAUGGAUCAUGAAUGCUGCUUGGAAGGUUAUUAAGACCUGGCUGGACCCAGACGCCAUCGACAAGCUGAAGUUUGUCUCCAAGAGUGACAUCCAGACUUACGUCGACGUAGAACACCUACCAUCUUACAUGGGAGGAACAGACCCCUUCAAAUACAGCUAUCCACCUCUGCCUGACGAUGACUUCCAGCCGUCCAUAUCCGAUCCUGGACAUGAGGAUGACAUGGAGGUGAAAGAUGGAGAGCAGGAUGGUGAGAUGGCAGAGCCAGCCGUCAUCCCCAAAAAGGUGUCCUUUUCUGAGGAUGGGGACAUGGACGCUGUGAGCAGAGUCAGGACAGCUAGGAGACCCACGACGACGUGGAGAGGCUCUUUGCUCCAUGUCAGCCCUGCUGAGGAGCUGUGCUUUGGCUCUCAGGAGAGCGAGAAGAAAUGUCUGAUCAUCCUUAAUAAUGUCACCAAAAACCCAGUGGCCUUUAAGGUACGCACCACAGCCCCAAACAAGUACAGGGUGAAGCCCAGCAACAGUAACUGUGAGCCAGGGACUAAUGCAGAGAUCAUGGUGUCCCUGCAUGGAGCUUCUGUGCCCUCGCCUCAGGACCGUUUCUUGAUCAUGGCUGCAGAGAUGGAGCAGAACAGUGGGACGGUCCCAGAUCAGGCCUCCUUCUGGAAGGGCAUCCAACGAAAUAAAAUGAUGGAGCACAGGCUGCAAUGUCACAUCCUGGAAGGCCUCCAGCCUGCCCGCAACCCAGUUAGGAACAGCCAAAAAGAACAGCCCAAAAUACAGGAGACCAACGGGCACCCAGACAUGCACACCACUCUCAUGCACAUGUUGGCCAGCAGCACCAGGCUGGAGCAGAAGUUGGAGCGAUGCCUGUGGUCCCAGAAGGUUCUGACAGCCAUGGUGACGGCACUGACAGCCAUGUUGACAGCACUGACAGGCUUGGGGUUCUCUGCUUUCUACAUGUUGUACACUGGGGACAAUGCACAGUAGCGGCACCUGACCAUGGAGAACUGGACCUGUGUAUGCAACAUGGAUGUAACGUUGAGGGGCAGAGCACCGACCAACCAAUCAUAGAUGGGAGUCUCAAUGAUGUUGUUGAGAAAAGAGUGGAAUCGUGACUUCUGAACAUUACGAUUCUUUUCAUGUUAUUUUAAUACUCACCCAUUUACACUGUUUGUUGAUCUGUUGAUAAUCACAGAAUCAUGUUCCACCUAAAUUGUUUACGGUGACAUUUGGAAUGAACAAAUACAAUGUUGUCUCCUUAAUUAUUAAUUGAAGUGACUUUGCACACUUA